AUGCCGUGGGAGAGGGUGACGAGGCCCCGGUUGGGGCCUAGCUUCAUGUUCCCUGAGCCGUUGCUAGGUCGUUUUGACGGUCUUCGGAGGGCGGCGAUUCCCGCCCCUGCAGCAGGGCCUUGGGCUUGGGUACCCAAGGGAACUUACGAGGCCAGGCGACUUCUUGCAGCCAGGUUUGCCAAAAGCGAUGACAUGCUCAGGCUUACCGCACUAAAGAAAAUUCGGCUUAUCGUGCUUUUCUUUCCGGAUGAUUCGGAGCUUGGAAGGAACCUCGUGGGUUCGGCAGGCUCCCUGGUGGAGGAAGCCACGCUGACCUCGACUAUCGAGGACACUUUUUCAGGAAGAGCUGCCAGCACCCUUCUGAAGCGGGCCUCAGAUUUCUCCAGGUUUGCCAAGUGGAUCGUAGCAAACAAAGGGCGCCCGCUGGCGCCGUCCGAAGGCGAGUUGUACGCAUACAUGCUUCACUUGCGACGGGAGAAAGCAGGAGCUACCGCCGGAGAGUCUUUUCUCAAGGCCUACAAGUUCUUUGUGCACUUGACCGGGACAGAGAAAAGCUCCAGAAUUUCCCCUCGUGUGCAGGGAGCAGCCAAGGCGAUGUCCAUGGCCAAACGGCCGCUCUGGCAAGCACCGCCCCUUCCAGUGGAGGCAGUGCGGCUCCUGGAGGAAUUGGUUCACGAGUCCGAGGAUUAUGCCAGGGCCAGCAUAGCAGGGUUCAUUCUUUUCUGCCUCUACUCCUCGGCUCGGUGGUCGGAUGCGGCUCGAGGGACCCACUUGUGCAUUGAUGUGGCAGGUAACGGGCUUGUCCUUCUUGAGUGUUCGACCAAGCAUUACAAGACGAAGGCCAAGGACCGAAAGGAUACUGUGUUGCCUCUGAUUGCACUGGGCAGCGGCCUUACUCAGCCCUCAUGGGGACGUGUCUGGAUGCGCAAGAGGGCCCUGGCAGGGCUACCGGACUGUUCCGUCAUCAUGCCGGCCAUGUCGCCGGGAGGGAACUUUCUGGGAAGGGCCAUGACGGCUGCGGAGGGUUUUGCGGGGGAUCUUGAACAGUACAGCUCGCACAGCCUGAAAGCAACAGCCUUGUCCUGGACGGCCAAGAGCGGGACCACGACCUACGAGGAGCGCCUCACCCAUGGGCAUCAUUGCAGCCCGAAGCACGGCAUGGCUCUCCUGUACUCGAGAGAUGCGCUUGCUGAAAUCAUAGUGAAGGUAGCCAAGGUAGCGAGUGCUGUGAGCAGGGGAGUGCUUAGUCCCGACCUCCCGCGAGCCGAGAGGGUUGCAAGGGCCCUGCAUGGCAAUCCGGCAGAUUUUGCACAUCUUCCAGAGACGACGGCUGAGGAUCUACCGGCCGAGGAGCCUCAAGACGAGAAUAACUCCGAGGCCGGGUCUGACAUAACAAACCUCGACGGUCUCGAAGCGGACCUGGGGGCACCGGCCCCCGGAGGAGGUCCGACCUCGGCUGAGCUGCACGAAGGUCACUGCGAACAUGCGUUUGAUGGGGCCCGAGGAGGCUCAGGAGAAUGUCUGCCAGCAGUGCGCGGCUUGAAGAAAAGAGGAUGUGCUCAGUGCUCAGUUGAUCUUUUGCUGAUUUGCGACGUCGUGCCUGUGCCACUUGAGAUGAAGGAACUCGGGCCGAUUGAGGUCAGUUGGAGUGUUUCUUGCUUCGGAGCACAAAAGCGGACUGAGAAGUGUCCGCAGUCUUUUGGCUGGGAGUUGCCAAACUGGGGCGAGUCUCCCGCGCGGCCUGGUGAGCACCCAGGCUUGAACUUAGCGGGAUGGUCGGCUGUCAUCACCGGCCUGAGUCAUGAAAAACAAUUGGGACGAGGCCGGCUGGGAUCGCCGGUUCCCGAAGGCCGCCUGGGAUCGGUGGCAAAGAAGUGUGAAUCCGAGACAAAUGCGACCCACGGUCUCAUGGCCGGACUUGAAUCGGUGCCCGCCUUCACCGAUCGAGCAAAGCAGAUCGGCAUCAGCGAGGAACUUCUGAACAAGCUCAUCGCCAAGAACUUGGACACCUACGGCAAGCUCGCUUUCGUUUGCUCGAGCAGACCUUCCAGCGGGGACGACACUCCUCUCUUCGAAGCCCUGAACACUCUGCUUGGGAGUGAGGUUCCAGUGGAACAACAUAUGGUGAUCAGGCGAUUGUGGUACGAGAGCCACGCCCACGCCCUGGUUGACUUAGAAUCGAGGGCUUCGAGAACAAGUGAUACGAGCCCCCGCGAGCUUCCUUUGGCAGAACGCCUGACACGCUUGAAACGCCAAAGGGGCGAGCUCAAAGGCCUCGAGAUGGAUAUCCACACAGAACCUGGACACGGCCUUGUGGACCGCGUCCAGGCCAUGCUCGAUUCUGCACAAGUGCUGCACAUCGCACCGGAAAAGUGCAUUUCCCGCCAUGACGAGAUCCUGGGUGAGAAGACGGAGCAAAAGCUCUCUUUGGGAGCUGACGGGAACAUCAAGAUUACGAAGCAAGCCUCGAGUCUCCGGUGCGAGACUACCGGCGAGCUCAAGCUUCGCCGGUGCUUCCUGCGCCGGGCCUUAGCGUUCGAUCAAGUAGGGCUCGCCUCCUUCAUUGCAAUGGAGUCUUGGCACAACCGCAUGUUCCAGGCUCUGCUUGAUGUGCCUCCGGCGGGUUAUCGCUACACUACCGUUCAGCAGCUGCUCGCAGCAGACCAGAAGCUUUGGCAAGUAGUGGCCCAGGAGAGCCGAGGUGACAUCGUCGUCGGAGUCGGAGCCCCGGCUCCUCUUGAUAAGCACAUAGCCGCGGCUGCGAUCAACCAAUUUGUGGUAUCCUGCCUGACACACCUUCCUAAGCCUGUCGAGAGCCAGGCCCUACCGUGGAAGCCGAAUAAGGGACCCGACAAGGGCAAUCAGAAGGGAGAGAAGGGAACCAAGGGCAAAGGCCGCGGCAAAGGAAAGCAGAAUCACAGCCAGGGCCAGGCUGACGCCUCCUCGCAACCAUCCCUGAAGGAGCUGCUGGAGUCGUUACUCGAGGGCUGCGUGCGGGCCAACGAUGAUGGGCGUUUCAUCUGCCCAUUUUACAACAAAGGGAUCUGUCGCUUCCAGAAGCGCAAGUCGUGCCGCUUCGGAAAGCAUGUGUGCAACUUCAGGGGGUGCGGGGCAGAAAGGCCCUACAGUGAGUGCAAGCAUUGA